UACCAAACAAGAAAUUGUCACAUUUUUUUGGUUGAAUUUGUUCAAUGUACCGGCAAUUUAUUAAAAUGUUAAAAUUUGGAAAAACUGAAAAAGUACAUUUAUUAUAAUAUAAUAAACGACAAUAACUUUCACAAAUGUUAAACAAAAUAUAAUUGGAUUAUUCAAGAAAAGUCAUAAAAUCAAAUUACAAUGACUGGUAACGAAGAAAAGAACAGUUGCAAGAAGAAUGAUUUUACGAACGGUAUUCCUAACAACAUAUUAAUAAAAUCAAUAGAUAAUUUUUCCAAUGUCACGGAACUGGACAUGAGCAAUGGUAAAAUACAAAACCUCGACGGAAAUAUUAAAUUCCCUGCAAGUUUACUCCAUCUCAACUUGUCUAACAAUAAAUUGACUGAGGUGCCCAGUAAUGUGCUCAAACUGGACAAUUUGAAAUCCUUGGAUAUUUCCUUCAACUCAAUCUUGGUUUUCGAUGAUAUACCAAGUUUCUGCCAUAGUAUUGAAAAGCUUAACUUGUCAAAGAACUCUUUAAACGGACCACCACUCUGGGUGUGGACCGAAAAGCCUAGAAAUUUAAAAUAUUUGAACAUAAGUAACAACAAGGACUUAUGCUCCACUUUUACAGAUAAUUAUUUAAAUGAAUUAUGUCAGUACAAAACUCUAGUCAAUGAUAUAGACAUGCAUAAUUGUAGAAUAAGUAAGUAUGUGAAGCUGCUUGCCUCAUUUUGUCAUACUAGAGUUAUUACUCUAGGCAAUGAAGAGUAUGUGCACCAUCUUGUGAACAACUUGGACCACUUUCCAUGUGAGGGACUGGAGGAGUGCAGGGAUGUAGAAGUCUUGAAUCUAGCAAAUACGCAGCUGUUCCACAUUAACUCUAAUAUUGAUAUUUACACUAAUUUGAAAGAAUUGAAUCUCUCACAGAACAAUUUAAACAGUCUACCAAAUGAAUUUUACAAAUUGGUAAAGUUGGAGACUUGUAUAUUGUCAUACAACAGUCUGGAUUACCUGCCUAGCAAUAUAUGUGAGUUGACUAGUUUAGUCACACUGCGAUUAGAUAAUAAUAAACUUUGUAUGCUUCCGGAAAACUUGCAUGAGAUACCCAACCUCAAGGUCUUAGAUUUGUACAAUAACAAAUUGCAUGAAGGACCAAGCAACCUGAAUUUGGAAGAGGUUGAUCUAGCUCAAAACUGCUUUGAUGAGCCUGAUGAUGAAGAGUAUUUGUUGAAGAAACAAAAGUUACGAAUUAGUUACCCUGAUAGGAAAAUUGGAAGAAAAGUAGAAGUGACUGAACAAAUUGAACCCAGCCUUUCAUCCAGUGAUGAAGAAGAGCUCUAUGAAUUGGCAACAAAUGAAAUUAUACAUGAUGACCAAAAAGAUAACCGAACAAGUUCUCCUGAAGAUUGGGACUCUGAUGACUAUUGGAUCCCUCAGUACGAUCCGCCAGCUACUCCACCACUAUCACCCUGGAUAUAUUACGUACAGACGAAAAUGAGAGAAGGGAAUUUCUGUCCAAUGGAUGCACACCCUAUUUCAAUAUCAGAUUUAGUAAGGUAUGACCGACUGUACAAUCCUCAUCUUGUACAUAGUUUAGAUGGUCAUUCUGACAAUUAUUCUGAUGACGAUAGCUGAUUAUAAUUUUUUCGUUUUCAUCUGCAUGUAAUUUGUUAUGCCUACCUACAUAUCAAAACUUUUUGGACGCCUUUUGAUUUUCUUCUAUCUAUGGUGUUUCAAGCAUGACCUAUUGUGAGUGGGGCUACUAUAUAUUUGUUCAUCAGAUGGUGCUAGUGUGAGCUUCACGUUUUUCGUCCAAUAGGGAAUUAAUUAGCUAUGUUAUGUACUAGUGUCAGAUCAUUGGACGUUCAAUAUUUAGUGAUUAGUCAAAAUACCUAUUCCUAUAUUUGCACCAUUCGGUGACCAAAAAACGGUAGGCCCCAUUGACUCUGAAUGAAAAUGUUGAAAUAGGUAAUAAAUUGUAUAUUUCAGUAGAAUAUAAUACAA